AAGCAGCUUCAUUACUCAUUCCGUCCAGGUACAGCGGAUGCCAGCCGACCUAAAGCGCUCCGCGUCUGCUAUUCUUGUAUGUGUGUGUACACUUUGUGCUAGAUUAUCGGCUCGAGCAACAUUAUCGCUGCUGCAGUUUUAUCAAAGGCUUUGAUUCACAUUGGGAUAGCAGGCGCACACCAUUAUCGCACUUGUGUACGUAUCAUCGGAUGCUUUUAUACGAUCAAACGAAUUAUUGGGUGCAGUCGUGCGGAGAAAUGAUGCAUUGAGGACGGCACUGCGUUGCGGUCGUAUCUUCCGAGCCACAUUACGCGCAUCUCAAUCGGGAGAACUGUCAAUAUUACGCGCAGGGAAACGCAAUGGCGACUCUUUUGCGCAAAAUCGGCCUCAUCCGCUUGCACGACCGAGACACGGAGGACCCGAAGCAUCAUCACCAAGGCUCGCUAAAAGGGACUAAAGGCAAAAACAACACGAAGCACUGCAACGCCAGCAACGAGACCAACAACAUCCUCAGCACGCCAGAGAUCAAAGCCAAGCGCUUCGACGUGUCCGGUAAGGAAAAACAAGUCGUCAAACAGGACAAACCGAUCAAGGACGCGAAGGAGAAACAACAAACGGGGGGUAGCAAGUCCACGAGCGCUGCCGUGAUGCCUCCGCACGCGGCUAACCGGCAGCACUGCACGCAGGUGCGGACGCGGAGACUGAUGAAGGAGCUGCAGGAGAUCCGGCGGCUCGGGGAUCACUUUAUCACGGUGGAGCUGGCGGACGAUAACCUGUUUGACUGGAACGUCAAGCUGCACCAGGUGGACAAGGACUCGGCGCUGUGGCAGGACAUGAAGGAGACCAACACCGAGUACAUACUGCUGAAUGUCACCUUCCCCGACAAUUUCCCCUUCUCCCCGCCGUUCAUGCGCGUCCUCACGCCGCGCCUGGAGAACGGAUACGUGCUAGACGGCGGUGCGAUCUGCAUGGAGUUAUUAACGCCUCGCGGCUGGUCGAGCGCGUACACCGUCGAGGCCGUGAUGAGGCAGUUCGCAGCCAGUCUGGUGAAAGGACAGGGCCGCAUCUGCAGGAAAGCAGGCAAGUCUAAGAAGUCCUUCAGUCGUAAGGAAGCCGAAGCUACCUUUAAAAGCCUGGUGAAGACCCACGAGAAAUAUGGCUGGGUUUCCCCGCCCGUGUCUGACGGCUGAUGUCAGCACGUUUGACGGCGAUCCUGACAUGGCUUUUUUUAGUUGGGUUUUCUUCUUUCUUCAUCAUCAAACUUAACCACGAGAAAAAAAACAAAUGCUACCGCGUCAUAUCUCGCACAUCUCUGAACAUUCACAGUCGCCUCGAACGGUCUUCACUCUUCAUACAGGUGCAAAGGACACCGGCUGUGACAUCACAAUGACUGGCUGUGACAUCACCAUUUCUCAUGAGCGGGCAUCAUUACGGCUAGGAUAUGACUUUGGAUAUGAAAAAAGCUGAAAGCGAAGUGAAACGUGCACCUAUUUCACAACUUUAUAGGCCUGUCAACUUGUCUGUAUGUUUUCCUCUUUCUCCAUCCUGACCAUUUCUCUUUUUUUAUAGCUGACAAUGCAUUGCACUGAACAGCGUCAGACUUGCCCCCAUUUACAUGCAAAUGACUUUGUUAAUACUUAAUAGAUAGGCAGAUCAUUACAGUACAUUUGAGGUUCAGUUGUUCUCGUUUCCUUCUCUUUGGCUGUGUUGUUUUUCACGGUUGGAUGCAACAUGAUGAUUGUAAUUUAUGUAGAGCUGUGCUCUCUCUCUCUCUCUCUCUCUCUCUCUCUCUCUUCUGUCUCUUUCUCUCCAUUACUCUCUAUACGCGUGGCAAAACGUAGACAUCACUGUGUUGCGUAGAUGGUCAUCGAUUUCCAAUGGAGAUAAAAUGCUAUUCUUGUUGCUUAUGCAGAGGUCCGAGAAAAAAAUAAACGUGGUAGGGAACCACCUCUGUUGGUCAUUAUAUUAUUUGUUUUUGGAGAAGACCAAAAGCUCUUUAUUCUGAUGAUUUAGAUACCAGAUGGCUUGACGUCCCAAUGGGAUCUGGGUUAGCAUGUGACAUGUAUGGUGAUGUUUGCACGUCAGGCUUAUUCGAAAUCUCCCUGUGGAGAACAAAGCUGAAAACAAGCGGACUGAGCCCUUUGUUAGCGCCAGCAUAAGGACAUCCCCGUAAAUUGGCACAUUGCAUGUCACAGCCGAUGGCCUGAGAGACAAAAUCUAUUGACGGCAGUACUUUCUUAUAGUUCUGGUUCAUGGAUCGAUAUGUUUUUGGUCGUGGGCCCAAUACCUCAGUAGACUAAAGCAGUGGUAACCAGGACAAAAUGGAUGACAAACCAGGAUGUAUUGUUUAGAAAAUGCGGGUCGGUCAGCUGGUCAAGGUCACGCGUACCUGGUGCCACCCUCCACUGUCGAUAAAAUCCAUAAAAAGAUGGACAGGGAAAGAGCGAGUGGGAAGAAUCCUUUGUUCACCAGCCUUGAGGAAUGAAUGCGGCCCGUUUAGUCACCUGAUUGAUGUUCCCUGACGCCUUGAUGUUUAUUGACUUCUUCAAAUGUCAGCGUGAAUCUGGAGCAGCGCAGGACUGCAUCUUGGGAGCCUCAAGAUGUAAAAGAGCUCUGUUGAUUUUAGAUUUCACCCAUGGUGCUCUACAACACAGCAUCUGAAAUACGAACGGCACAAUAGAUUGAGAUUGCUGUGAUACUAAUAGUUGUAUUAAAGGGACAGUUGACCCAAAAAAUUAUCGUUUACUCAUCUUCAUUGAAGGUUGUACUGGCCAGACAAAUUGUUUAAAAUCCAUACUUCUAAGAAGUUGAUAGUAUUUCCAUCUCAUGUUGUGUGUCACAGAAGAGAGAAAGCUCAAACAGGAUUUGGAAGAAAAUCAGGCUGAGUAAUCAAUGAUGUUUUAUUGGAAAAAAUCGGAUGUUCUUGCUGGUUGCAACACAAUCUAGGGCUGCGUGGUUUAUCGAGUUUUGGUAAUAUAUUGGCGAAUUUUCCCAGCGGGAUAUAGGAUGAGACAAUACCGUCAAUAUCGGUACGUCUGAUAUGACCCUCCUUUGCAACAGAAGCUUUGCCAGAAACCUACACUGAGGUCAGACGUAAGCUUUUCAACCAGCUUUUAUGUUGUGUAGUUGUGUAUUUUCAAAUGGGGAGGAAUCCCCUGUCUUUGAAUUUCAAAUUCAUCAUACGCUGCCUUAAUAAAAAUGAUUGUGACAUCUCACGAGGCUUUGACUUUGUAGAAAAUGCAGAGGUAUUUAUCGUACAUACCGAGAUAUGAAUUUCGGUCGAUAUCGCACACAAUCUAAUGGCAAUUCGAUCUAUUUUACGUUUUAGAUACUUGGUGGCUAAUUCAUAUGAAUUUGUGCGAUGUCAUUUGUGUCCCUGAAUCACAAAACCGUUCAGUUUUUUGAAAUUGAGAUUUAUACAUCAUCUGAAAGCUGAAUAAAUAACCUUUUCAUUGUAACAUGCAUUGUUUUUAAAUUUGGCCGAGAUACAAACAAUUUGAAAAUCUGGAAUCUGAGGGUGCAAAUCGCCUUUAAAGUUGUUCAAAUGAAGUCAUUAGCAAUUGCAUCCACUCAUAAAAAUAAAGCUUUGAUACAUUUACGGUAGGAAAUUUGCUAAAUAUCUUCAGGGUACAUGAUCUUUAAGUAAUAUCCUAAUGAGUUAUGGCAAUUAUGACCCAUACAAUGUAUUGUUGGCUAUUGCUAAGAAUAUACGCAUGCGUUUUAAAGCGACACUCCACUUUUUUUGAAAAUAUUCUCAUUUUCCAGCUCCCCUAGAGUUAAACAACUGAUUUUUACUGUUUUGGAAUCCAUUCAGCCGAUCUCCGGGUCUGGCCCUAGCACUUUUAGGGGCUGGACACACCAAAACUUUUAAACGCGACUGAAAACGUCUUGAGGACGCCGAAUGCCAGCUGUUUUUCAGCUAAGUGCCAGCUUUCUUCAGCUGAGCGCUUUGGUAGCUGUGAUACUUCAGCUGCGAGCCGGUUGGUUGCUGUGGUAAUGUCCCGCCCCUCCUCCACUGUGAUUGGGCGGCCGUGUGAGAACUGACAUUGACGAGUGGAGCUUUUCUCCUAAAGUUGAAUCUCUUUCAACUGUCGACGCUCAGCGCCGAGCGUUGAAAAACCGCAGAGUGCCGGUUUUCAGCGCGGAAAAAACCCGCUAGCUGCUGGCUUAUUUGAAAAACGCCGGGCUUCCAUUGGAAACAAUUGAAAACAUGCGCCGGCCGCGGGCGUAAAAGUUUUGGUGUACACAACCCCUUAGCAUAGCUUAGCAUAAUCCAUUGAAUCUGAUUAGACCAUUAGCAUCGGGCUAAAAAAUAACCAAAGAGUUUUAAUAUUUGUUCUAUUUAAAACUUGACUCUUCUGUAGUUACAUCGUGUACUAAGACCGAUGGAAAAUUAAAAGUUGUGAUUUUCUAGGCCGAUAUGUCUAGCAACUAUACUCUCAUUCUAGCGUAAUAAUCAAGGAAUUUGCUGCCGUAACAUGGCUGCAGCAGGUUCAAUGAUAUUACGCAGUCCCGAAAAUAGUCCCCUUGGUAACUUUCAAAAGCAGGGGACUAUUUAAAAAAAACGGAUUGUCCCUUUAAAACUAGUUUUCUGUGGUCCAGGGUCACAUUUGUACAUUUUCUUAUGGUCUGCUUUUGCCCAAGUGAGGGUUGUGUUCAGGAGUGGAGUUAAUUGCAGAAGUAUGGUCCAUUAUUUGCGUGUACACGAGGGUGACGCAAUUUUCAUCAUCAAAAGAGUGUGCGCGUACUGAAUGCGAUUUUUGAAACCUCGUGUACAGUGUACAUGUAGGUCGCCCAUGCGCGUACAUGAAUAUGUAGUAUGUAGCAUGUAAUGCGCAUGCAUCGAACAGUAGCACACGUGUAUGAGUCAAAUAAACUACGCUUUGCAAGGCUGUGCAUUCAACUAUGUGCAUACGCUCACUUUUGUGUAAAAACAGACUAUACGCAGGGCGUAUUUCCACGUAUUUCCUUAAAAUCAACUGUUUUGUAACUCGCAAAGUACGAAUUUAUAUUAAUUGCCACCUUGUGAGUAUCAGUAGGCCUAUUGCAUUUGAAUUAUGAAACAGGAAGAUGCUGAUGUGGUUUUCCACAUGGAAGGACUGAGAGAGAUUAGUUUGUAAUUGAUUUAUUAUUUAUUUAUGCGUAGUAGCUGUCCUUGUGUUUAUGAUAAUAAGGAAAUUCAAUCCAGUGUAUGUGUCAAGUGCUUUAAAAGGCAGUCUGGUUCAAAGCACUACUGUACGUUCUGCUGUAUGCAAUGAUCGUUGAAUUCUGAUCGUGAAAAUUGGAAUGACGUUAAUCACCAGAAAACAUCAAAUUUGUUUACGUGUUAUUGCAGCGAUUGUGAUUGCUCAAGUCGCGUGGCUUCUUUGCAAAUUUCUGUGUCUGGAUGCAGAUGGUAUCUUGUAUCGGCAACAAAGAGCGUUUGGUCUUCCCCGGAGACAUUAUUGAGAAGUGGUUGUGUGUUUUCCUAUUUAGCGAGAGGAGAUACUAUACCAAGGACUUACUAUAACCAGUCAAAAAUAUCUCGAAAUUGGAUGUUUGCCGGUUUAAAGCGCAUCAUUUUGUGAUAUAGUUUAGAUCUGUAGUUCGCAGAAACUAACUAACAGAGUUAAUCGUCCAAUCGAGUGAGAUGAUUCUGUUGUAUUAUAUCUGCAUGUGGUCUGUGAUUGUUAGCUAGCUAACUUGUUUUCUUUUUCUUUGUUUUUCACCAGAAAAAAAGAAAUGAAAAAACGCAGAAAAUAUGCUUUCAGUUCGUCCUAAUUUCCGUUAUUAAUGUCCUUAAAUGUCGAAUUGUGUUCUAUGAAUGUGUUUUAAUUUAUUUGUAGUUUGCCAAAAUGAAGAUUUUGAAGCAUGUUGCAGGCAUUGUCACUGAUGAUAAAAGAGAAAGAAAAACAAAUAAAUGACAAAUAUAAUAUAUGUAUCUGAAUUGAAAGGAGUCUGGUAUAUGUAGUGACCUCAGGCUUUCACGGGGUGAAAGGUGAAACUACGGGACAAUGUGUUUUCUGCACUGCAUAAACAUCAUGCCAGGAUGUGGUCAGAGCAAAACCAAACAGGAAUGUGCAAUAAAAGCUGUAGGCUGAUUCCACCCUGCAGAACAAUUU